UUGGACUUGCAGAUUUUUAUUGCGGAUUAUAUUUAAUAUUUAUAUUAAACAACGUCCAUUCUCUGCUACCAUGGCGUAGCGUGAUGUAAAUAAAUAUUAGUCUAUUUAAUUGUGUUGUCGUCGUUUGUAAAUAACCAUGUACAACCCCGCAGUAACGGUUAGACGAAUUGAUGUUUUGAUUCGUAUUUUGAGCGGUCGAAAUGCUAUUUUAAGUGCGAAUCUUGUCAGAGCUUAUUCUAGUGAAGGAAAAGUGACUAUUGGCGAUGUUAGUAAAGAGAUCAAAAGUCCUAAGAAGAUCGAAUAUGUGCCCAGGAAAUAUUUGGCAGUGGAGAACUCUGAGUUAAAGUAUUUGUCUCAGAGUAGCUUAAGGAACCUAAGAUGGAUGAUGCAGAAAGAUUCACUGGGGCAGGACAUGUUUCUAUUAGGGAGGCCUGGACCUGGUAGGAGAAAAGUAGCCCUGCAAUACUUGGAGCUGACUCAAAGAGAGCUUGAAUAUGUUGCGCUGUCUCGAGACACUACCGAGGCAGACUUAAAACAGAGAAGAGAAAUACAGCAGUCAACCGCUAAAUACUUCGAUCAGAGUGCCGUCCGCGCAGCAGUCGAAGGCCGAGUGCUGGUGCUCGAAGGCAUAGAGAAAGCGGAACGCAAUGUGUUGCCAGUGUUAAAUAAUCUAUUAGAAAACAGGGAGAUGCACCUAGAAGAUGGAAGAUUCUUGGUGCCUGCAGCCAGAUAUGACAAACUGUUGAAGGAACACGGGGAAGAAGAACUUUCAAAAUGGCGUCUAGUUCGAGUGGAUGAGAACUUCCGAGUGAUCGCACUAGGCUUGCCGGUGCCUCGGUACAGCGGGCAGCCUCUGGACCCUCCGCUGCGCUCGAGGUUCCAAGCGAGAGACGUCGUCACCAUCGGGUUUGGGGAACACCUCAACACACUAAAAGACGAAGCCCCAAAAGUAGACCAGGCGAAAUUGGAGCAGCUACUUUCUGCUGCGUACGCACUCAUCAGCCCAGAGCUUCAGCAAGUUAGUCUGCCCGACUUCCCCGUGGAUAGCCUGCAUUCUGCUGCCCUUAUACUGCAAGUCAGCCUGCCCGUCAUCCCCGUGGAUAGCCUGCAUUCUGCUGCCCUUAUACUGGUAAGAUCUGAACUUGGUGUCAAGUCCAUUGUCACACAACAGUUAAUGUUCAAGGUUGGGGAAAAGGGGAGGGAGGAAAAGGGGGUGGUGAAAACGGCGUUUCAGAGUGAGCUGCUUAAUGAGCUGCUUUUGAGCCAUAGUGUUGGAGAUUUUUGUAUAGUAGGACCAAAAGGCUGCGGCAAGAGCUUACUCGUCGCCCAACUAUCCUCCCUACUAGGCUACACAAUAGAGCCCAUAGUCCUGUACCAAGACAUGACAGCACGGGACUUAGUACAGCAACGUACUACUUUGGACAAUGGAGACACCGUGUGGAGAAACUCCGCUUUAGUCGACGCGGCGUUGAAGGGACACCUGGCUGUGUUGGAUGGUUUACAUAGGAUACAUGCGAGCACUCUCGCUGUAUUACACAGAUUGGUACACGACAGAGAGCUCCAACUUCACGACGGCAAGAGGUUACUACGCCACGACCGAUACGAUGACCUCAUCGCUUCUGGAUUGACUCAGCAGGAGUUGGAAGAGAGUGGCGUUUUGAGGAUACACCCUGCCUUUAGAAUAGUGGCGUUAGCUGAACCACCGACGCUCGGCCGCGGGCCGCACUGGCUCUCACCUGAGAUACUGAGCUUGUUCAUUUUCCACGAAAUGAGAAACCUGAGCAAGAAUGAAGAGAUUUUCAUUAUCAACUCAUUGUACGGUGAUAUCUCCAGCCCCCUCCAUUCCAUCAUCAACUUAGCUGACGAGCUUCGUUCCUCCGACGAUACCACCCUCAAAAACCUCUCCUCAUCUCUCUCCACGCGCCAACUACUCCGAAUAGCCAGCCGCAUGGCUUCAUACCCUACAGACUCCGCUUACGAAACUGUACAACGAACAUUCCUAGCCAAAUUCCUACCUAACCUAGCCAGACGAGCCUUAGACGGCGCUUGCACAAGAAUCGGAAUAGAUCCACCUAGAAAAUUCGGACUCUUUGGGGGCACAGAGAAAAAAGUCAGCUGCUCCGUCAAAAAUGGCGUUCUAACUAUUGGAAACACGAGCACGGAAGUCUUCAAAACGAACGCGCUAACCAAAGUACCUGAUAUAUUAUUCUACGAUGUACCCCAACAUGUAAGAUUACUCGAAUGGCUGCUGCAAGAUUUUCUACUCGGAAACCAUUUGUUACUAGUAGGUAAUCAAGGGGUAGGUAAAAAUAAAAUCGCUGAUAGAUUACUACAACUACUAAACAGGCCUAGAGAGUAUAUACAACUACACAGAGAUACGACAGUGCAGUCUUUGACAGUUCAGCCGACGGUUCAAGAUGGGAUCGUCGUAUAUGAGGAUUCGCCGUUAGUAAAGGCUGUCAAACAUGGGCAUGUUUUAGUAGUUGAUGAGGCGGAUAAAGCCCCAACACAUGUGACAUGUAUUCUUAAAACUUUAGUUGAGAAUGGAGAGAUGAUAUUGAGCGAUGGCAGAAGGAUAGUGCCAAAGGAUAUGAUGGAAAGUUCUGGAGGAGAUGCGAGCAGUUUUAUUCCGGUGCAUGAUGAUUUUAGGAUGAUAGUGUUGGCGAAUCGACCUGGUUUCCCGUUCUUGGGGAAUGACUUCUUUGCUGCGUUGGGUGACCUCUUCUCUUGCCACGCUGUAGACAACCCCUCAAUAGAAUCCGAAUUGGAACUGCUCCGUUCCUACGGCCCUGACGUCCCUCAUGACGUCAUGAACAAGUUGGUGCAAGCUUUUGCUGUAUUGAGAAACAUGGCUGACCAGGGACAGUUGACGUACCCUUAUUCCACUAGAGAGCUUGUCAACAUUGUCAAACAUCUGCAGAAAUACCCAUCAGAAGAUCUGGCAAGCGCUAUUAGCAACGUGUUUGACUUCGAUCGCUAUAGCAAAGAAAUGGCUGACACACUUCUUGAAGUUUUACAUGCAAGCGGCCUUCCAACUGAAGGGGUUUUAGAGGGACGCUCUAAAGAGGCGCUAAAGAAAAUCCAGAUGACUAUUGAGAGGACUAGUGGCAAAGACACCUCAUCACCCAAGCACGGUAAAGAAGACCCGGACAACAAGCCCCACGUGGGCGGCAACACAUGGGCGGGCGGCUCGGGCGGGCGGGACACGGCGGGGCUGGGCGGCAAGGGCGGGCCCUACCGCCUGGACAAGGGGCACGACGUGCACCAGCUAUCAGACGCAGAAAAAGACGACGUACCGGAACACGUCAAACAGGCGGCUCGCGAGAUGAACAGAAAAGCUUUCGAAGAACGGCUGAAGGAGAUCAACAUCAGCGAAUAUGACGCUAAAUUAUAUGAGCAGUUCUACAAGGCUGUUCAACCACAGAUUGGCGCUCUUCGCGGAGUCCUGGCAGAGUUGCAGGCAAAGAAGAAAGAACGUCAGUGGAGUAGGCACCAGACGAGUGGGGAGCUAGAUGAUGGGAAAAUUAUAGAAGGACUAACAGGUGAGCGCGCCAUCUACCGGCGGCGCACGGAACAAGAACCGCCGCCGGGCGCGCCCCCAGAGAAGCCCAAACGUCUGCGGCUGGUACUAGAUGUCUCUGGAAGCAUGUACAGGUUCAAUUCCUACGACGGGCGUCUAGAACGUUCGAUGGAGGCCGUCGUACUCCUAACUGAGGCCAUGAAGGGUUACGAGACGCGCAUCCGAUACGAUAUCUACGCUCACUCUGGUGAAGAAAAAGCAUUGGAACUUGUCAGGGUCGACCGCCCGCCUGAGAACGAGAAACAGCGGUUGCAGAUCAUCAGAACGAUGCACGCGCACGCGCAAUUUUGCUGGUCGGGCGACAACACCCUGCCGGGCGCACAGCACGCCAUCUCCACUCUCGCGGCCGAAAACAACGAGGAGGAUUCCGUCGUGCUCAUACUAUCCGAUGCCAACCUUAGGAGAUACGGCAUUCCGCCGGAGCAUUUGGGCACCAUCUUGAUGUCGGAGCCUAAAGUACAGGCGCACGUUAUAUUCAUCGGCAGUCUCGGCGAUGAAGCGAACUCCCUCUUGCGCAAGCUGCCAGUAGGCCACGCCCACGUGUGUAUGGACGUCGCGUCGCUACCGCACAUCAUGCAGCAGAUAUUUGCUGCCUCGCUCCUGGACAACACCGAAUAACUGUUAAACAUACCUUCAAGAAACCAACUAAACCAAAAUAUACCUUGAAGAUACUUCACAAUCACAGUUUAUUAUUGGUGUAUAGGUGAAAAACUUAAAAAAAAUCACGUUGUAUGUGUGAGUGACGUGUUCGAAUAGAGAACACAUAUUUAAAAUUAGUAACACAAACAGAACACACGCCUAUUUGAACACGUCACUCACAUAUACAACAGGUGAUUUUUUAAAGUUUUUCACCCAUACCUAACAUGAAACGCUACCUCAAUUUAACCAUAUUUGCAUAUCUAUACGUACGUAAGUGUAGUGUAAGCUAACCAAUGUUGUAUAUUUUGUUGUCUUUUAUAAUGUUGUUUGUUUUAUAAUAUGUGACAUUAUUAAAUCAAUUAAAAUAUUUAAAACACUUUCACUUUUCCUGUAAAGUAGGAAAUAUACUCUUUAUGCUACAAGUAAGU